AUCCAAGUGCAUCCAUUCCAGUCUCUUCUUCUUUGCACUGAUGGCUGGGAAUCGAUGGCCAAAGCACAAGUCUCGCUCGAACGCACCACCGCAGCAGCAGCACGUCCAACCUCAGUCUCAAGGACAAGUCCAACCUCAACCCCAAGGACAAGGACAAGAACAGCAGCAGACGUUCACAAAUGUCUACUUUGCGGCUGCGUCGGUGAUUGAUCGGCUGCGGGACAAGCGGGGAUCGCUCAAGUCGCUCGCGUUCGCAUGUGCCUUCCACGACAAGAAGCGCCUCUUUGCACUCAUCUGCGAGGCACUCAAAUAUCGAACCGUCGUCGAAGAACUGCUCCAAGUAUCCGGAUUCACAAAGAAAAACAAGGAGAUUGCACCGUCGGUCGCUUUGGUCGCAGUCUAUGACCUGCUGAUUGGACGAGGAAGCAUUGAGUGCGGCGGCGUCAUCAAGCGCGCCGUCACGGAAAGCAAGGGCGACCUCAACGCCGCGCUCGUGCGCAUGAAAAUUCGCGCAAAGGUCAAGGAUGUGCGCGAUCUGCUGCCUGCUGCAAUUCGAGAGCAGGAUGCGAUUGUAAUCCCUCGCUACGUCCGUGUUAACACGCUGAAAAUGUCUGUUGCGGCCGCCGUCCAAGCACUUCAGCAACAGCCUGGAGGCUUUGCCCUUGUGGACCGCCCCGCCGACAUUUCGGCUCUCAGUGGGCGCUCCUUCUGCCAAGACGAGCACUUGAAAGACUUGCUCGUGUUUCCCAGUGGAACAGACUUUCACGAUCAUAAACUGUACACUUCUGGCGUACUGAUUUUGCAGGAUAAGGCGAGUUGCUUUCCGGCACAUGUGCUCUCGCCAUCGAUUGGAGAAUCCGUGAUUGACGGGUGCGCUGCUCCGGGCAACAAGACUUCCCACGUUGCGGCGCUCGUCGGCCUGAAGGGCCAUGUUCACGCGUUUGAUUUGGAUCCUCGUCGAUUUAAAACCAUGCAAAAUGCCAUGCGCAAGUUUGGUGCUUCCAAUGUGGAGUGCAUGAACGGCAACUUCCUUGAAAUCAAGCCGACAGACCCCAAAUAUGCAAAGGUAUCGGCCAUUCUCCUCGAUCCCUCUUGCUCUGGUUCGGGAAUCGUCAACCGCCUGGAUUAUCUAGCAGCAGAUGACGACGAGAACGAAUCAGAAGCCACCGAGACGCAGGAGCAGCGCCUGACAGCACUAUCAGACUUUCAGUUCCAAACAGUUAGCCAUGCCAUGACAUUCUCCAACGUAUCUAAAGUCUCGUACUCGACCUGCUCCAUUCACGAGCAAGAGAACGAGGGUGUGGUUGCGCGAGUCUUGGCUGCGAAUCCCGCAUUCGAAGUGGUUCACGCGCUUCCUCAAUGGCCGCACCGAGGCCUUGACACCCAUCCUUUCGGCUCAAAAUGCGUUCGGGCGGGUCCUGAAGAUCACACCAACGGCUUUUUCGUCUCCCUAUUCCAGCGCAGAACGGCGAAACGACGAAUCGAGGAAACCAGUGACGACCAUGGUGCACUACCACCUCGCAAAGAGGCGCGUGUCGAUCAGGACUCGAGCGAUGACGAUGAGGAGGAGGAUGAUAACGCAGCCGAAUCGGUCACUCCCAUCACAUCCACCGCAUCGAGCUUGAGCAAAAAGAAGAAGAACAAGAAGAACAAGAAGAAGAAAAAGAAGGCAGUCACCACUGCUGCACCAAGUUUGAAUUGAUGCUUUGUUCGAUUGUAACGAGACGAUUGAAUUCGCGUCCAGUGAGUUGAGUUGGGACCAAGCAAGAGCACUAGAAGAGGUCUCGAGAACAGAACAAUUCAUUCAAAUACAAAAAUCACAAUGCGCAAAGA